GCCUACAACAGAGUUGCAAUCGUUCGUUCCUCGUCUCACAGUUUCGUUCCUUCGUUGUGUGCUUUUACUUCAAUCAAAAUGCAGCGCCAGAGAUCCAUACUCUCCUUCUUCCAAAAGUCUUCAUCUGAAAACCACCAGAGCUCCAAUGGCUCCUCAGACGCCGACAUGUUAGCCAGACACCAUCAGUCUCCGUUGUCGGAAAAGCAAGGGAAGCAGAAGUCAGUAUUCGCAGCUCCUACAUCGGCUGAUGACCCUUCGUUUGAAAUCAGAGGAACAGAUACUCCACCGGAAAAGCUGCCGCGUCAGGUUUUCCCGUCUAGCUUUUCGGUGAACGAUGACACCAGGCCUUCGCUGUUUUCUAGUAUAAUGCACAAGUUUGUGAAGGUCGACGAACGAGACAACUCUUGUGAACGGGACCAAGCUGGUGGUGGUUCCUCUAAAGGUCCCGUGAUAUCUACUAAUAUUGGUGAUAAUCGGCUAUUGUCUCAACAAGAAAGAUUCUUCAGGAAUCCCCAAAAGGAUGGUGUUUGUAAUUCUAAGGACAUCAAUGAUCAAGGGGACUAUUCAUGGAUGGAAAGUGAUCCCGAUGAUUUAGGACCAGAAACACCAGCUAUUCAACCUCUUAUACCCCGUUUGAAGCGAAUUCAUGAGAAUGGUUCUACCUCUGACGAAAAGAGUAGAUCUUCCUUUUUAAGUUUUGGCAAAAGAGCAAAGUUAGUUGAAAAUUCAAGAUCUGGAAAUCAGUGUCGUGGAGAUGAAUCGGAAACAACUGUUGGUAAAUUUGAAUGGCUUAAUCCUUCUCUGAUAAGAGAUGCGAAUGGAAGAAGGCCUGAUGAUGCUUUUUAUGACAAGAAGACCCUAUACAUACCGCCUGAUGCAUUGAAAAAAAUGACAGCAUCUCAAAAACAAUAUUGGAGUGUGAAAUGUCAGUACAUGGAUGUUGUUCUCUUCUUUAAAGUGGGGAAAUUCUAUGAGCUUUAUGAAUUAGAUGCUGAAAUCGGUCACAAGGAGCUUGAUUGGAAAAUGACAUUAAGUGGUGUAGGUAAAUGUAGGCAGGUUGGUAUUUCUGAAAGUGGUAUUGAUGAUGCUGUUCAGAAACUUGUUGCUCGUGGGUAUAAAGUUGGACGAAUGGAACAGACAGAGACAUCUGAUCAAGCAAAGACUAGAGGAGCAACUUCUGUGAUCCAAAGGAAAUUAGUAAAUGUUGUUACUCCAUCAACAGCAAUUGAUGGCAACAUUGGGCCUGAUGCUGUCCAUCUUCUUGCUCUAAAAGAGGGUGAUGGUAGGUUUGAGAAUGGUUCAACGGUAUAUGGAUUUGCAUUUGCUGACUGUGCUGCUUUAAAAUUUUGGGCUGGUUCCAUAUGCGAUGAUGGUUCCUGUGCCGCUUUAGGGGCUUUGUUGAUGCAAGUUUCCCCAAAGGAAGUUAUAUAUGAAAGUAGAGGGCUUUCUAAGGAAGCUCACAAAGCCCUCAAAAAGUACUCUUCAGCAGGUUCCACUAUGUCACAAUCAUUGUCAGUUGUCGAUGCGUCUGAAGUUAGAAAACUGAUUCACUCCAAAGGAUACUUUAGAGGGUCUUCUAAUCCCUGGGAAUAUGUACUUGAUGGUGUUAGACACCAUGACCUCGUUCUUUGUGCCCUUGGUGAACUUGUUAGUCAUUUAUCUAGGUUGAUGCAAGAUGAUGCUUUACACAAUGGAGAUAUUCUACCUUACCAAGUCUAUAGAGGUUGUCUUAGAAUGGAUGGUCAGACACUUGUAAAUCUUGAGAUUUUUAACAAUAAUGCUGAUGGCAGUUCAUCAGGUACAUUAUACAAAUAUCUUGAUAGCUGUAUUACAUCAUCUGGUAAGCGGCUGUUAAGAAACUGGAUCUGUCAUCCACUAAAGGAGGUCCAGGAAAUCAAUGAUAGGCUUAAUGUGGUUGAGGAGUUAAUGAAAAAUUCUGAAAUGACGUCAAUUAUGGCUCAAUAUCUGCGCAAGCUUCCCGACCUAGAAAGGCUACUUGGACGUGUUAAGGCUACUGUUAGGUCAUCAGCUUCACUUUCAUUUCCCAUGAUUGGGAAGAAAAUAUUGAAACAGAGAGUGAAGGCAUUUGGAUCUCUUAUUAAAGGGCUUCGAAUUGGGAUGGACUUGUUAAAUAUUUUCAACAAAGAAAAGAAUGGAUUUUCGUCAUUGUCAAAAAUGUUGGACCUUCCAUUAUUAUGUGGUGUUAAAGAGCUUAAUGAACUUCUUACGCAAUUAGAAGCAGCUGUGGAUAAUGACUUCCCAAAAUACCAGGACCAUGAAGUGGCAGACUCAGAUGCUGAGACACUGUCCGUGCUGACUGAAUUGUUUAUUGAAAGAGCAACUCAAUGGUCUCAAGUCAUCCAGGCAUUGAACUAUAUUGACGUUAUACGCUCCUUCACAGUGACAGCAAAUUCUUCGAGUGGGUCUAUGUGCAGACCUGCUUUCCUGCCCACUGAUGCCAGGCCCUUGAUUUCUUGCCAAGAGAUUAGAGGACCUCUACUUAAAGUUGAAGGAUUGUGGCAUCCUUACGCUUUUGGAGAAAAUGGGGGCACAGUGGUUCCUAAUGACAUACAUCUUGGUGAAGAUGCUACAGGCUAUCAUCCCCAUACUUUGCUAUUGACUGGACCCAAUAUGGGUGGAAAGUCAACUCUGAUGCGUGCCACAUGUCUUGCUGUUAUACUAGCUCAGUUGGGCUGCUAUGUGCCAUGUAAGAUGCUUGUUCUUUCUCCUGUGGAUAUUAUUUUCACUCGACUUGGUGCCACUGAUCGGAUCAUGACUGGCGAAAGCACAUUUUUUAUUGAAUGCAUGGAAACAGCAUUAGUUCUUCAAAAUUCCACACAAGAUUCUCUGGUUAUUCUUGACGAACUCGGUCGAGGAACGAGCACAUUUGAUGGAUAUGCCAUUGCAUAUGCUGUAUUCCGUCAUCUUGUUGAGAAGGUCCACUGCCGUCUACUGUUUGCCACGCACUACCACCCUCUCACGAAGGAAUUUGCUUCUCAUCCUCGCGUCACACUACAACACAUGGCCUGCACAUUCAAACCAAAAGUCGGAGGCUUCAGCAGUGACCAAGAACUAGUUUUUCUGUACCGGCUUACCUCAGGAGCCUGUCCUGAGAGCUAUGGGCUGCAAGUGGCACUCAUGGCUGGGGUUCCUAGGCAAGUGGUUGAAGUUGCUUCAAAAGCUAGUCAGGGAUUGAAGAAGUUGAUUGCAGAGAAUUUCAGGUCAAGUGAACAGAGAUCAGAUUUUUCUACUCUACAUGAAGAAUGGCUGAAGAUCCUAUUAGCAGUCUCAAAGAACAGAGAAAGUAGUUUGAAUAACGAUGAUGAUGCUUUUGACACAUUGCUUUGCUUGUGGCAUGAGCUGAGGGCCUCUUAUCAUCUUUCUAACUGAAAGAAAUUACAUGGCAUCAUUAUAUUAGCUUUCUAAAGAGGGGGGGAAAAAAGAAUGAAUUGACCUGGCAAUCCUGUCCAUUAGAAGUGUAAGAGGUGGAAUGUUAAGUUCAAGGGUGGAAAGAAUGCAGGGUUCAUGGGUGGAUGAUGACUCCCUUUUUUCUGGGUCACUGGUUGUAGAUAUAGCUCUAGGCAACUGCUGAUGAGUUUGAUGUAAACAUGGCUGUGUUUUUGUGAUCAAUAUUAGGAAUUGCUGAUCUUGCGAUCCA